GGAGUCAGACAGAUGUCUCGACAAUUUCAAAACCUCGAUGAAGCUGUGCGUAACAUACAUGUAUAUCUGGGUAUUGUUUCUUGACAUCUAUCUCAAUCACUCUUGCUCAGCUGGAUGAAGUCGAAAAUGAUAGACGGGGGUGAUUCUGGACAUACCAAAUGGUCCAGACAGCAGCGUAUUAAUGUGACCCUUCCACCUCCGAAACGCAACUGUCAGAUCUAUGGCUACUGCGUAUCCAAGAGGUGGUUCUGUGAUACGGCUCUUUCCUUCCUUGGCAAGGUGCAUCGCAACCGUCCCGCCCAGGAGGCCCGGAGCAGCGCCCAGGUAGACCCCAUCUAUGGAAUUGCAAGACACUUCGGCAUUUAUUCGAUGGGUGUGGGUGAGGCAACUCUACCUCCCGGGCAGAUAGUUCCAGUGGAAUGCAUGGACGGCGAACUCGUUAAUGUGCUGUACAUCUUCAGCGACCAACCUGGCAAUUAUCGCCAGCGCCCAACUCAGAAGCAGGUUGAUGAACUUACCAAGUUCGUGGGCAGGGAGCCGCAGUGGUGGGUAGACAGCUCGACAGGAAGCUUCUUCGAGCGAUGAGUGAUUGAAUGCGUGGGGGGGUCAAUCGCAGGGAUUAGACUGGGCAACUAGUAGCGGCAGGGGGGAAAGUUGAUGAGGCUUCUAUCAAGAUAGUCUCAAAUUGAAGGUGUCUCCGUCA